AUGUUUAAGAAAAUCAACGCAGUUUUCCGUCCGAACCACCUUGGACCUCGCUCACGGGACCGGUUCAGGCCCGAUGAGGACUACCACAGCGCGUGCACCGUCAAACUGGUCCGGAGCACGUCGAUGCUUGUGGUGGGGGAGAGCAGUCACGCGCCGCAGGACUCCACGCUGAAGCGGAGCGUGAGCGCCGUGAGUAUUCAGACCAGCACGGCCCUGUACUACUACCAGAGCCGAGAAGACCAAGUUUGGUUCUACUCCCAGAACCAGAACUGCUUAGAGUACUUACAGGAACUGGUCGCGCUCAGGCGGCAGUACACCAAGAGCAUCAGCGACCUCAAGAACAGCGAGCGCAAAGAGACCGCGUCCCGCAAGAAGAAGCCCGCACCCCGGCCCCCGCAAAACAGAGCUGCACAGACUUCAAGGCCUGGACCUUCUGCUCCACCUAUCCCAAAUGAGGAAGACACACUCCAGUUCUUUGAUGCAGUCAUUGCAAGCUGUGACCCAGAGCCAAGUCGAAAACCACAUGUGGACAAUGGACAUGCAGAUGUAGACUUCAUAGUGGCAACCAGUACCAGUGAGCAUGACCUUCACUCUAACUGGGUGCUUCGGGAUCCUCAUCGAAUCUCCAUGACGGAGUCGCAGCCCAAGAAUUCAGAAAUCAGUCACAGGCAGGUAGCCCAGCAGAAGGGGGUCAUGGGAAGCACAGGCAGCAGGAGAUGUCUGCAACGAAACCCAAUCCACCUGCCAAAAGUGGUGGAGAGUGCCUUUCAGACUCUACGUUUCAAACCCAAGCUCAAGAAGAAAGACUAGCUGCUUAAGCGGUUCCGCUUGUUGUGCCCAGAGGACAACUAAAACUUCACAGCUGUGCAAUCAAGAAGUUGGAUCUGGAAGAAAGAAUAAGGAAUAAUCUGACACACCACAGAAGAUGUGACCUCUGUGACGCAUGUCAGUGUUUACUCACUGCCAGAGCUUCAUAAAUUAUACACAGCAGAUCAGAAUCUCUUUUUCGGUAGCUUGCGAUAGCAAAUGCUUAAGGCCAUUAAUAGAGCGUAACCACUGAACAAUCACCCUGUGCACUGAUUCCAGACAGAGCAACUGGAAUUUCCUUACAACAGUAACACAGAUCUGAGGAUCACUUAUCUGAUGAACUAGUCAGAUAAUUAGACAGGGAUCAGACAUAUGAGAGAUGCUAAACACAUAAAGGCCAAGGAGAUAGCUAUUUACUGCCUAAUUGUUAUAGGCUAACCUUAAAGGGAUAGUUCACCCAAAAAUUUUAAUUUGAUGUUUAUCUGCUUACCCCCAGGGCAUCCAAAAUGUAGGUGGCUUUGUUUCUUCAGUAGAACUCAAAAAAGAUUUUUAACUCAAACUGUUACAAUCCGCCAGUCAUAUAUUGUAAGUGGAUGGGAAUCACAGCUUUGAUAGUAAAAAAUAAAUAAAACCAAAUUAAACCCUGUGGUUCGUGACGAUACAUUGAUUUGUAAAGACACAAAAUGAUUGGUCUGUGGAAGAAAAUUAACAGUAUUUAUAGUUUUUUUUUACCUAUGAUUUUCACUGCAAUGACUGAACUUUCCUGAGCCCGUUUACACAAACUAUCUUCUACUUCUUCAGCAUCCACAUGGGGCGUCUUCUCCUUCCUGCUUUAUGGUAGAUUGCAGACUUAUAAGUGCAUUACCGCCACCUAGCUCUCAAGUGGACCAUUAGCCACGUUUCCACUGUCGAGCUUAAACCGGGCGUGCUAGUGUGUGCCAGGGCCAGUUGUGUUUCCACUGUCACUUCUGGUGCUUGAUUGUGCCUCGUUCGGACUUCCUCGGGGCCAACGGCCAGGGUAUUUGGCCCGACAAAACCCUUGGGCCAAAGAGGGCCAGCUGGGGAGAGAGGAGUGGUUAUGAACAAAGGCGGAGUUUCUCCGCGUCUGGAGAUCGUCAGCACCGCAGAUCAUUUCAGAAAGAUAGCAGCUGUAACACCAGCAUUAAAGACUUGAGCUCAAAACUUUCAGUCAUCAGCGAAUGUUUGAAAUAACUUGAUCCGAUGUGGAUUAUAAUCACUAAACAAGGCAGAAAUAUUGAUAAAUGAUGCAAAAGACACGCUAAACAUUAACGUUACCAAAAUAAACAUGAUAAAUGCAACCACUUGGAGAAAUCAGACGUCAGCUUCUUAUUCUCUAUCACAAUCGUGAAUUUAUUUAGUAACAUAUUUUAUCUGUCAUCAUAAGUCUUGUCUCGGGAGUUUAGCUCCACGUAGCCUAUCAUAAAAAUAUAAUAAUGGUUUUUGUUUGGGAGCUUUUAUAAAAAUAGAGAUCAUUCAUUCUAAAUAUCAUUCAUUCUAAAUGUGACGUAUAGGCUACAAAUAAACAUAAAGACUCGACUGAAUAAGCAGGCUAUUUUCAUCAUGCUUAAAGCUGCGGUAGGUAACUUUUGACGCUCUAGCGGUUAAUAGCCGGAACUACUUCUCUCUGUUUAUGUCUAUGAAGAAUCACAAAGGUACUGGGUUACUCCGCCGCAGUACCCCCGAAGCAAUCUAAAAUAGUCUGAAUAUAAACACUUAUUAUAGGUGCACCCUAGUGAUUCAGUACAAGCUAAAAACUCGGUUUGGAAAAUGGAUUCAUGGUGUACUCGCUUAUUAUAUAAUUUUUUCUACAUUUUGAACACAAACAAAGUAACGGACCGCAGCUCUGAUUGGUUAUUUUUUACCGGGAGUGGAUGAAUUUCUGCAAAUGGCAAUAGGACCACUGGGAGGAGCCAGAGGAGCUUGAUUUAUUCACAGAUUAUCUGUCUCAUAUUCUACUGUCAGGACAUAAUGACAGGUUUAACAAAUAUGUAAAAAAUAUAUUUUUACAAAAGUUACCUACAGCAGCUUUAAGCGUUAAAAAUAAAUAAAUAAAAUAGAAAUAAAUUAAUUUCUGUGUGACUAAUUGUAAGUCCUGAUAAAUUAAUUCAUUAUGAUCAAUGUAUCAUUUAAUCUAUAGUAAAACAUAGAUGCUUUUGAAUUUAAAUAUUUAACAAAGCAUGCAAACAAAUGGCCGCUUUUAUCAUAUUUGUUUUGUGAUCGCGCUAGUUCUAGUGAUUUAUUUCUUAGUUUUCUGAUAACUUCUCUUUGUUACUGAAAUGAUGGGGUUUCUUGACGUUGUUCCUGAGAGGCAUGUAAAGGUCGUGUUUUAUUGAAGUGCAGCGGUGCUUCAGGACCGACAGUGGAAACCCUGUGCUAUACUGGCUUCGGUGCUACUGGCCCGAGGCUAUUAGCCCCGCCCGUUAUAAGCCCUGGCUUGCACUGGCCUGACAGUGGAAACAAGGUCUAUUGACACUCCUAAUUGAGAUUAUAGAGUGUGUCAAUGACCCAUUUGAGAGCUAGGUGGCAGUACGGCACUUAUAAGUCUGCGAUCUGCCAUAAAGCAAGAAGAACAACAUGCUCAGGAAAGUUUGGAUAUUGAGGUGAAUUAAAGAUUUAAAAAAACAACAUUAAUACUGUUCAGUUUCAUGCACAGACUGAUCAUUUUGUCUUUAUACAUCAAUGUUUCAUCACAAGUCACAGGGUUUAAUUUGGUUUUAUGUAGGGUUUUUUUUUACUCUCAAAAGCUGUGAUUCCCAUUCAUUUCCAUUAUAAGACUGAUAGACUGCAACAGUUGGGAGUUAAAAAUCUUUGUUUGUGUUCUGCUGAAGAAACAAAGUCACCUACAUCUUGCAGAGCAGAUAAAAAUAACAUUUUUAUUUUAACCCUUUAACCAAAUGCAAAACUAACACCUCCACUUUGCAUUUAAGUCAAGUCUAAUCUAAUACAGUAAAUCUUUAGGGAUCCUUAUUAUAGCAUUUAUUUAUUUUAAUCCCUCAAACUGGUACCAGGUGCCUAAGUGUGUAGGUUUGUACAAUCUUUUUUUAAGUUUAUAAUGUCUAUGAUGAUUUGCAAUAAAGUAAGCAAAGCAGCAAAAGAGUGCUCAGUUGUGUGUUAACUAUUUCAGUUGCUUUUCAAGUGAUUUAUUUCAACUGAGAUUGUUUUUUUAAAGCAUUAAAGCCUAU